AUGAUCGGUAACCAGCACGAACUCAUUAUUUCUCAAAGCAACGACUUUCACAAGAGGAAGGUUCAAUUGGUUGAAAUUGGAGUCGCUCAGCUCAAGUUCUCGCAGGAGUUCAUCAGAAAAAUCAACAUCUCUAUAUUCAACCACAUCUUCAAAUUUCACAUAGUCAUUGAUCCUGAACUGCAAGAGGUCAUUUUCAGUGUACGCCUGACACGCCAGAAAAGGAUGCUCGAGGAUAACUCUUCUCAAGGCAUGAAACAACAAGUUUUCAGACACCUGUUGGUUGAACUUGCAAGAAACCAUGAAAUUCUUGUAGAGGCGUAG